AGAAGAUGUCAGUAGGUGGCCAGGUAAUGAUUUAGACGUGGUUUGUUUAAAGAGUAUUGACAAUUCCGCGUACGUGACGCGAGAAUUUUUUCAAGAGGCGUCCGAUGUUUAUUCCUUUGGAAUUAUCAUGAUGGAAGUAAUUACAGGGUUUCCACCUUUUUAUGAUUUUCCGCAUGACGAAAACCUCGCGAUAAGCAUUUGUGAAGGCCUUCGUCCUACAAUUGGACGUCGAAUUCCUCAGCUGCUUUCGAAUUUGAUCGAUCAAUGCUUGGACGCAGAUCCCACCAAACGACUUUCCUCCGAACAAUUGAAAAAUACUUUGGGUCAAUAUUAUAAGGAUGUG